CUGACUGUCAGCCGGAAGUAACUAACGGGAAGUUGGUUCCUCUUUGUUGUUAAACAGAAUUUUGUUUUUAUUGCCUGUAAAACGCGAUGCAGGCUCGGUUCUCUGCUCUGCGGAGGUCCAGCGGCUGAAAACGGAAACUUUAUCUUUUCUGCUUCGUGUUCGCUGCUUGUUUUCACGGCUGUUUUUCGACCGGAACAAACCGAAAUUCCCGCAUUUAUCUGUUAACGGAGAACAGCUUUCCCUCUGUCAGUACAUGUGUUCUGCCUGUUUGGGUCGCAGCGUAAGCGCUGAGAGGUCAGGAUGGGCUCCGCGGUGGAAAGGACGGACAAACACGUGCGGGAGUAUCUGCUCUACAGAGGCUUCACCGGCACCCUGAAGCAGCUGGACAGUGACAUGAAAGCCGACAAGGAGAAAGGCUUCCGGGUGGAUAAAAUCAUCGAUCAGCUGCAGCAGCUCGUGCAGAGCUUCGACCUGUCUGGUCUGAUGGAGUACUGGCUCUACCUGGACCGGCGUCUGUUCAGCCGGCUGGAGGACAUGUACAGGUCCACUGUGAACAAACUGAGAACCAGCCUGUACCGGUACUACGUCAUCAACACUAUCCAGAAAGGAAACCUGGAGAAGACUCAGGAGUUCUUCCAGAGGCAGGCUUUGGACCUGCAGGGUCAGGUCGAAUGGCGCGACUGGUUCAUCCUGCCUUUCAUCCCUGCACCCGAGCAAAACCCGGCAUUCGGUCAAUACUUCUCCCGACAGUGGGCCGACACCUUCCUGGUUUCCCUGCACAAUUUCCUGUCUGUCCUGUUCCAGUGUGUGCCUCAGCCUGUGCUGCUGAACUUCGACGCCGAAGUCCAGAAGAUGACAAGUCUGACCGAAGAGAACGACCAGCUCCGCCAGAUGAUUUUCGCCCUACAGACUGAAAGCCGGGACCAAAAGGACGGAGACCAGAUGGUCCAGCAUAAGCUGCCGCUGUAUGUCCAGAACAUGGACCGCCUGGGAGACACUGAGCUGGACUUGGUGUGGAGUCAGCGACCCAGCAGCGCCACCACCACUCCUUCCAGGAACUUCCUCUCCACAUUCCUGCCUCAGGGCAAGCGUACUCCGGUGAAAGCACCUCCCAUUACGCUGGGAUCUUCUCCAAGCCAGGCAGCAGUGGGCAGAAAGGAGACGUCAGUCAAUCAGGCGGCAAAGUCUAAAGAGGCGAAGGAGGUAAAGGCAGCUUCCAGCCAGGCGUCAUCCAGCGAAUCCGCAAGUUCCCAGUCUCAGCAGACGACAAACCAGUCAGCGAACCAGACGACAAACCACAAUACCAGACACAAGAGAAUCCAGGAGCACGAGAAAGAGAGGAAGGAGCUUCUCUCCAGACCUUCCCCACAGACACAGGAGAACAAAGGAGAGGACGUAGACCCGACGCCUGCCAAGAACCUAUCGGGGGAAUCUCCUGACUCCUCCAGCAGGGGGGAAGGAGGUCUGCCCGUGGAGCAGCCUUUCAUCAAACUCAGUCAGGAGGAGUAUGGAGAACAUCACUCCUCCAUCAUGCACUGCAGGGUCGACAGCUCCGGGCGUCGGGUUGCCAGUUUGGACGUGGACGGAGUCAUAAAAGUGUGGUCCUUCAACCCCAUUAUGCAGACCAAAGCCACCAUCAUGUCCAAGUCUCCGUUACUGUCCCUGGAGUGGGCUACCAAACCAGACAGACUGCUGUUAUUAGGCAGCGGCGUCGGCACGGUGCGACUCUACGACACAGAUGCCAAGAAGAAUCUGUAUGAAAUGAACAUCAGUGAAACUCAUCCACGGAUUUUGUCGUUAGCUUGCAGUCCAAGCGGUUCGUCGUUCGUCUGCUCAGCUGCGGCUCUCAGUCGGUCUGGAAGUGCUGAUUCUGUCCCUCGGCUUCCCAUACCGGUGUCCGGUCAGCUGCUGCUUUGGGACACCAAGACUGUCAAACAGCAGCUCCAGUUCUCUCUGGAUCCUGAGCCGGUAGCCAUAAACUGCACAGCCUUCAACCACAAUGGGAACCUGCUGGUAACCGGAGCGGCCGACGGGGUCAUCCGGCUCUUCGAUAUGCAGCGGUACGAGAGCGCCAUGAGCUGGCGAGCUCACGACGGAGAGGUUUACAGCGUGGAGUUCAGCUACGACGAGAACACCGUGUUCAGCGUCGGCGAGGACGGGAAGUUCAUCCAGUGGAACAUCCACCGCUGCGGGGUGAAGCAGUCGGACCAGGCCUUGCCUCCGGACGCCACGGGUCCCUUUGUCCUGUCCGGGUACAGCGGCUACAAACAGGUCCAGGUUCCCAGGGGACGGCUGUUUGCGUUUGACUCUGAGGGACAACACGUCCUGACCUGCUCCAGUGCCGGAGGACUCAUAUACAGAGUGACCAAUGACGAGCCAGCCCUGGAGAGGGUGCUGUCGCUGGGCGGGCACAAAGCCCCGGUGGUGACGGUGGACUGGUGCUCCGCGGUCGACUGCGGCACCUGCCUCACGGCCUCCAUGGACGGGAAGAUCAAGCUGAGCACGCUGUUGGCCCAGAAGUCGUGACCCGCGGGCGUAACGGGGACAACUGGAGGCGUCGGGGGUGGAAGAUGAUUCCUAAAACUGAUUCAGUGUGCAGUUACCGACGUAGUCUGAUGUCUGUUCCUGUUUCAGGUUUCAAUCAGCAUUAAAGUCUGACCUGAGGUUCCACCUAA